UGUUUGAACAUAUCUGGGAGGAGGGGCCUGGGUUAAGGCUAUAAAUAGUGGGCAAAUCCUAAAGAGAGGGAGACACACACAAAGAAAGUACAGUGGAAAGAGGAGUAAACAGAAAAUAGCCAGAAAGACACUUUUUUUGUGGAAAACUUUGGGACGUGAGGGGGCACCACAUAGAUUCCUCAAGCGAGACUGUCUUUAUUUGUGCUAGAUUGGAGAAUAAACCCUACCAAAAGAAUAGAGGGUGAAGAAGACGAAAUGAAGAACUUGCAGCCAGUAGACCUAGUGGUCUCUCAGCGAAAACAACUCAACGUAUCUCAACCCAAAGUUUGGCUGAAGAAUGAACUUGUUCGUGUGGGACUUGCUGAAUCCCUUUGCACAUAUGUCAUGAUGGUGCUUGGCCUGGGGUCUGUGGCCCAGGUAGUGACAGGACAGGGAGAGUUUGGACAGUACCUCAGCAUUAACCUGGGUUUUGGCCUGGGUGUUGCUAUGGGGGUUCAUGUUGGAGGGAAGGUCUCAGGGGCUCACAUGAAUGCAGCAGUGUCAUUCACAAUGUGCACUUUUGGCCGCCUGGGGUGGAAGAUGCUGCCUCUCUAUGUUUUCGCGCAGCUAUUGGGGUCAUUUCUGGCGGCAGGGACAAUUUAUGCUGUCUAUUAUGAAGCUAUAUAUGACUAUUGUGGAGGAAACCUGACUGUAACAGGUGUAAAGGCCACAGCUGGGAUUUUCGCCACCUAUCCUGCGCCAUACCUGUCCUUGCUGGGUGGAUUCAUUGAUCAGGUCUUUGGCACAGCUAUGCUGCUGCUGUGCUUGAUGGCUCUGGCUGACCAGAAGAACAAACCGGCUGCAGCGGGCAGCGAGCCUGUUGCAGUUGGUCUCCUGGUGCUGCUCAUUGGCCUUUCUCUGGGAAGCAACAGCGGUUAUGCUAUCAACCCCACCAGAGACAUCGCACCCAGAGUCUUUACUGCUACAGCAGGCUGGGGUGCCGACGUGUUCAGGUCUGGAAAUGGGUGGUGGUGGGUGCCUCUAGUUGCCCCCCCCAUUGGAGGAGUAUUGGGUGCGGGGCUAUACAGGGUCUUGGUGGAAAUGCACCACCCUGCCCUCUCUGAACACAAUCAGGGGCUGGCGGAUAAAUUUGAAGAGACUGCACCUCUGGGGAAACAGCAAAACAUCUGUGCUAAUUUAUGUGUCUGAGGCCCCGACUAGCCUGUAAAGCUAUGUGGGUAUCUGUAUGCAGUUGAUUUAAUGACAGAAGAUGGACAGAAGGACUUUCACAAUAAGCGAGACUAACUCAAAUAAGGUUUUAAAUAUCUUAAGCAAUUUUGAAAUGAGUCUGUUUAUUACUAUCGUUAUCAACCUUAAUCACUCAACUGCAGUUUAUGUACUUGUCAGUGACUGCAAAACAUAAUUUAUGAAAUACCAACACAAUUUAUGAAAUACAAAUUUUAAACUGUGAAACUGACAUCUAGGGCUUACUGGUCCAAUCCAUGCUAAUACUAACUACAUAAGGGAAAAAAGG